GUCUCGUCACCCGCUCACAGCCGGUGUGACACAGGUAGUAGUGAUCGCCAAACUUGUCAACCUCCCCACUGCAGGUGCAUCGCUGCGAUACGGUUGCAUGCGAGAGGCUAACACUGAGACACUCGGCGACGGCGUGGCGAUACUGGAAGUUGUUCAGUGCCUUGUUGUUACUGGAAGGGAUCGCGGACAGCCAACCAGACGAGAGAGGCCCUCGACAACUCAAGAGAGCGGCGCGGGCUUUGCCGUCGGGCGGGAGUGAGUUGAAGAGCUCAUUGAAGUGGAACUUGUACAGUUGAUUGGUCAGGCGCUGCUGCAGCUGGAGCUACGGCCUCGAGACCAGAUCUUAGAGGGAGGGGAGGGAGAAGGAGGGGCCGACCACCUCAGAGACGGCAACGAAGGCAGGAGCCGCUGUUUGAAGCCAGGGCAGGUCCAGUAGAGCUGCGCCGACCCUGAGGCAUCCAUAUGGUCCGUGGAACCGGCUAGAGACAUCAGAUGCUGUCAGUCCGACCGAGCCGAGAAAGGCCGUGCGGACAAUCGUGGUUGCAGAGAUAAAGCCAAACCCUCCCAGCCGAAUGGGUAGCUGAACUUGUGCGGAAACCGAGUCAGGGAAGUCGCCAGGAAAGUAGAACAUGCGCCUGAAUGCCGUGAUAAUGGCGGCGUCAUAUCGCUCGGCGGCUGCCAGGGAGACAUCAGAGUUCGAAGGAAGGAGGCGCAGCCAAUAGUUCAGCCGGGGGGAUACACAAUAGCGGAGGAGAAGGUCAGAGCCCUGCAAACCCAUCUGAGCAAAAGUCACGAUUGCCUCGAGCAGCGGCUGGUGGCCGAUGGUGAUCUUCUUGAGGCUGCGCUGGAUGAAAGAGGUAGCACCGAUCGGGCAGCCGAGGACAGUGAUGCCUUCAGUGGAGCACUUGACGUCGGAAGUCGCGAUGUCCGCCGGGAUGUCAGAGUCUUGUUGCCGGCGGGGGCUCCAUCUAGUACUCUUGUCUCUUUGCAGUCUCAGUUUCUUCUCGGCCAGAAGCUGCUCAGCCCUGUCCACAUACCGCAUCACACAUGUCUCGUCCACUUCACCAUCGAUGUCGUCCAUGAAUGCACCAAUAAAGUCGUCGAGGAACUCCUCUUGCAGUUUGACGAGAGCGGGGUGAAGGCCCAGGCAGAAGAGGAAAGGGCCCGCCGCGUCGCCUUGUUGGGUGCCUGCCUGACUGAGGACGUCGCCGUGCGUCCAUCCUCCAUGCGAUACCAAAGUUCAGCCGGGGUGGCGUAGAACUGCCAGAAAAAGUCGACAAGGGACGGCCACUUUGUGCCGAGCUCGUCGAGGAUUGCCUGGCGGUCGAAGCUGUUGAAGGCGUUCUUGUUAUCCAGAGUCACCAAAACACGCUUAUCAGAGUCGUCGCGACGUGUCUCAGUGAAGGUCUGACAGGCCCGAAAAAGCCUUUCUCCGCCUGCCGACGUACCGACCGCGAACUGCAGCGGUGAGAAGUCUUCCUCGAAGGCAAGUUUGUUUUCCAUAUAAACCGCCUUCAU